AUGGGCAGCAAGGAAGAUGCAGGCAAGGGGUGUCCGGCGGCCGGCGGCGUCUCCAGCUUCACCAUUCAGUCCAUCCUGGGCGGGGGCCCCUCGGAGGUGCCACGGGAGCCCGCCGGCUGGCCGGCCAGGAAGCGCAGCCUGUCCGUGUCCUCGGAGGAGGAGGAGCCGGACGACGGCUGGAAGGCACCUGCCUGCUUCUGCCCAGACCCUCACGGCCCCAAGGAGCCGGGCCCCAAGCAUCAUCCCCCCAUCCCCUUUCCUUGCCUGGGUACCCCCAAGGGCAGCGGAGGCGCGGGGCCGGCGAGCUCGGAGCGCACGCCUUUCCUCUCUCCUUCGCACCCGGACUUUAAGGAGGAGAAAGAGAGGCUCCUGCCCGCGGGCUCGCCGUCGCCGGGGCCCGAGCGGCCGCGGGACGGCGGCGCCGAGCGGCAGGCGGGCGCCGCCAAGAAGAAGACGCGCACGGUCUUCUCGCGCAGCCAGGUGUACCAGCUCGAGUCCACCUUCGACAUGAAGCGCUACCUGAGCAGCUCGGAGCGCGCCUGCCUCGCCUCCAGCCUGCAGCUCACCGAGACCCAGGUCAAGACUUGGUUCCAGAACCGCCGCAACAAGUGGAAGCGGCAGCUCUCGGCCGAGCUGGAGGCGGCCAACAUGGCGCACGCCUCGGCGCAGACUCUGGUGGGAAUGCCGCUGGUGUUCCGGGACAGCUCGCUGCUGCGCGUGCCGGUGCCGCGCUCGCUCGCCUUCCCCGCGCCGCUCUACUACCCCGGCAGCAACCUCUCGGCCUUACCUCUCUACAACCUCUACAACAAGCUCGACUACUGA